CGAUUUUUUCUUGCGAAAUAAUUGAGGCUGCAUUUGGAUGCACGGUUCAGUGUACCUUGUAGAACGUACUCUUCAUUACCUUUCAUUUUCAUCGUGCUGCAGCUAAUACCGUCUGACCAAACCCUGAUGCAUGCAUAGAGUUUUACAGGCCAAACCCUGAUCAUGCACAUGUUAAAUAUGGAAAUCUAGCUAUAUAUAUAUGUAGACCAGUUAUGUUAAACCUACCUUAUAUAUAUCAGAUCAUAUACUUGGUCUUGUUUUAAUUAGAGGUAGCUUAGCUGAAACUUAAGUUAUGGGAAAGGAAGAUUCUCUUCGUGGAGAAAUUAACCCAAGCUAUGGUGAUAGAAUUACUGUUCUAAGCAUUGAUGGGGGUGGAAUUAGAGGCAUUAUUCCUGGAACCAUUUUGAGUUUCCUUGAAUCCAAAUUACAAGAAUUAGAUGGAGAAGAAGCGCGAAUUGCAGACUACUUUGAUGUGAUUGCAGGAACAAGCACAGGAGGGCUAAUAGCAACCAUGUUGACAGCACCUGAUGAAAAAAAGAGACCUCUUUUUGAGGCAAGAGAUAUAGUCCCAUUCUAUCUGAAGCAUUGCCCCAGAAUAUUUCCUCAAUCCAGUCGGAGAAUUAUGAGAAUGUGUGCCUUAAUUGGACCAAAAUAUGAUGGCAAGUACCUGAGAAAGAUGCUUCGUCAGAUACUUGGAGCUAGAAGACUGCACGAUACUGUUACACGAAUUGUUAUACCCACUUUUGACAUCAAGCUGCUUCAACCCCAUGCCUUCUCAACCUUUGAGGCAGAGAUCGAUGCUUCUGAGGAUGCAUUGUUAUCAGAUGUUUGCAUCGGUACUUCGUCGGCUCCAACUUAUCUUCCAGCUCAUCACUUCAAAACUAGAGACUCAGGAGGAAAUGAGAGGGAAUUCCAUCUUGUUGAUGGUGGUGUGGCAGCAAACAAUCCUGCAUUGCUGGCAAUGAAGCCAACAGGGACAGUGUUCCCAGGAAGUCGAGAUGCUCUGUCGGCACCACAAAGCCUAGACUACAGCAAAUACCUAGUGCUCUCUCUAGGCACUGGAACUUCAAAGACAGCGAAGAAGUACGAUGCAAAAAUGGCAUCAAAGUGGGGGAUCAUGGGCUGGCUCUACAAAGAUGGCCACUGCCCUUUAGUUGAUGCUUUUACUUUUGCUAGUGGAGACAUGGUUGACCUUCACAUGUCAUUGAUUUUCAGGUCCAUUAGUUGCGAGCAUAACUACCUUCGAAUCCAAGAUGACACUUUGAGCGGGGAUGUAUCGUCGACGGACAAGGCGACGAAGAAGAACUUGAAGGAUCUUGUGAAGACUGGUGAGGGUCUGCUGCAGAAACCUGUUUCCAGGAUGAAUCACGACACUGGGAUUUUUGAGCCUGUGGGAAAUGAAGGCACCAAUGAGAACGCUCUCAUUAGGUUUGCAAAAUCACUAUCAGACGAAAGAAGACUGCGGAAGGAAAGAUUCCACCAAGCGUAGCUAAGCAACCUUCUCCAUGUGAAUAAUUAGCAUGCAAUAAUCAAUUGUCAUGACACACCCUUGUGCUUGUGAAAAGGGAAUUUGUCACUAGAAAUUAGAAAUUAGUCCGAAUUAAUAUGUCAAGGUUUAGAGUAUCGACUAUCGAGGGCAACAAAAGAGGGAAUGAAUACAUUUGUUGAUUAAUACACGCUUAAUUUUAUGUCUGA